CCUCAUUUGUGAAUGAGGCUUCCGCGAGCUCACGGACUGUGCAGUUGGACUACUUAUUUGAGUGUGGAAGUAACCAACCUACCAUAGAAAUAUACUUCCCAAAUGGAUUCCCGUGGGAUUAAGCGCUUGUUAUUUUCCUAUGUGUUUAUUAACGGUAUUUUUAUUACGUUGCAAACUAAAGAGGAGGUGUUAUUGGAUAUGAGGGCAUCAGGGAGUGAGCUAGGCUGGUUGACCUGGCCCUAUGAACAAGCAGACAAGCAAGGGUGGGAAGUGGUCCAGAGGAGCCUGAAUGGCUCCCAGUUUUAUACCUACUCUGUGUGUAAUGUGGGUGAGCGCGAGCAGGACAACUGGCUGCGCAGCACCUUCAUACAGCGCCGCCCGUCAGCCUCUCGGGUCUUUGUGGAGCUGCAGUUCAUUGUGCGCGACUGCAACUCAUUUGGUGGCUCGUCCCUCACCUGCAAAGAAACCUUCAACCUUUUCUCCUCCGAGUCAGACGCUGAUAUCGGCACCAGCUUCCGCAAGAGCCAUUUCAAGAAGGUGGCCACCAUUGCGCCAGACGAGAUCACCACCAGACACGAUCUGCGCAUCAACAAAGAGACACGGGUGGUAGAAAGCCUAAGCAGGAAAGGCUUCUACUUGGCAUUCCAGGACAUUGGGGCUUGCGUGGCUUUGCUCUCUGUCAGGGUCUACUACAAGACAUGUCCGGCCACUGUCAAAAGCCUGGCUGCCUUCCCAGAGACAGUGGCAGGUGGAGGGGAAAAUCAGGCUCUGAGGGAGGUGGUAGGGGCCUGUGUGAAGAAUGCAGUGAGUGAGGAGCUGCCUCGUAUCUACUGCACAGUGGAUGGAGAGUGGGUGGUGCCUGUUGGACAGUGCCAAUGCAAACCUGGGUUUGAAGCGGUCAACGAGACAUGUGAAGAGUGUCAGCCAGGCUUUUUCAAAGAGUCUGCGUCCAGCAAUGUGUGUGAGCGGUGUCCUGCUAACACACAGAAGCGUGAUCCCGGGGCACUGCUCUGUCCGUGCACUGAUGGCUACUACCGUGCUCCCACUGACAACCCGACCGGGCCAUGCACAGGCCUGCCUUCAGCACCGCGAGAACUAGUUGCCACGACCACCCAGCUGGCGGCGGGCAAGUUGCAGCUGACGUGGAGCCCGCCAGAGGACACAGGAGGCCGCAGGGACAUCACCUACAGCGUGGAGUGCAGAUGCUGUGACGGUGGCGCGUGCCAGCCGUGCGGGGAGAAGGUGCGCGUGGAGCCGGCCUCCUCGGGCCUGACGGACACCGCGGUGACCGUGGGCGAGCUGGAGCCCCAUAUUAACUACACCUUCACCGUGGAGGCCCACAACGGGGUGUCCCUGUUCACCGGGCCGCUGAUGCCACGCGCCAGCAGGCCCCCGUCCAGCAGCACGCUAACCACUGCCCUGCACUACACAGACCCACCCAAGGUGACGUCCAUGCGCCUGGAAGAUCGGAGCGCCACUAGCAUCUCCCUGUCCUGGGCUGUAGCGCCCCGCAGGCCCCUGCCCCGGUCCACACGCUACGAACUUACGUACCGCAGGAAGGAUGACAAUCUGGAUGUGACCACGUACACUGUCCUGCUUCUGGAGAAGAGCUCUGUGCUGAUCAGUGAAUUGUCCCCGGGCACCGCCUACCUAUUCAGGGUACAGGCUCUGAGCCCUGAGGGCGGCCCUGGAGGAUCCAGCAUGGAGGAUGAAUUUGAAACCCUGCCUGAAGUGCCGCCGGCCCAGAGCAACGCCGCUGUCAUCUUCGGAGUGUUGGUUGGUGGAGGUGCCAUGUUGUUCAUCGUGGUGGUCGUCAUUCUCGUACGCAAGCGGAAAAGGAACUGCCAUACAAGACAAGGACCAGAAGAUGCCUACUUUUCUAGCUCAGAGCAACUGAAGCCGCUGAAAACCUAUGUGGAUCCACAUACAUAUGAAGACCCGAACACAGCUGUCCAUAUGUAUGCCAGUGAGAUUCAUCCCAGCCAUGUGACCAAGCAGAAAGUGAUUGGAGCUGGGGAGUUUGGAGAGGUGUACCGCGGUAUUCUGAAAGCAUCAGGGAGGAAGGAGACUGCAGUGGCUAUUAAGACGCUGAAGCCAGGCUACUCUGAGAAGCAGAGGCAGGACUUCCUCUCAGAGGCAAGCAUCAUGGGACAGUUCUCCCACCAGAACAUAAUUCGCCUGGAGGGAGUUGUCACUAAAUUCAAGCAUGCCAUGAUUGUGACUGAGUAUAUGGAGAACGGCGCACUAGACAAGUACCUAAAGGAUCAUGAUGGUGAGCUGCCCUCCUUCCAGCUUGUGGGCAUGAUGCGUGGCAUCGCCGCAGGCAUGAAAUAUUUGUCUGAUAUGAGCUACGUUCAUCGGGACCUUGCUGCCCGCAACAUCCUGGUAAACCACAUCCUUGAGUGUAAGGUGUCUGAUUUCGGCCUGUCUCGAGUGCUGGAAGAUGACCCAGAGGGGACCUACACCACCAGUGGAGGUAAGAUACCCAUCCGCUGGACAGCCCCAGAGGCCAUUGCCUAUCGGAAGUUCACCUCGGCCAGUGACGUGUGGAGCUUUGGCAUUGUUAUGUGGGAAGUCAUGGCCUUUGGCGAGCGGCCAUACUGGGACAUGAGCAACUGCGAGGUAAUGAAAGCCAUCAAUGAGGCAUUCAGGCUGCCGGCGCCCAUGGACUGCCCGUCCGCAGUCUACCAGCUCAUGUUGCAGUGCUGGCUGCAGGACCGCUCCAAGAGGCCCAAAUUCACGGAUAUUGUCAGCCUCCUGGACAAGCUUCUCAGGAGCCCAGAGUCCCUGAAAACUAUCGCAGACUUUGAUCCCCGCAUAUCGAUCCGCCUGCCCAGCACAAGUGGAUCAGAUGGCUCACCCUUCAGGUCGGUGUCCGAGUGGCUGGAGUCCAUCAAGAUGAAUCAGUACAGCGAGAACUUCACCAGUGCUGGUGUGGUCACUAUGGAUCAGGUGCUGCAGAUGAAGAACGAGGAUAUCAAGAACAUUGGAGUAAGAUUGCCUGGCCACCUGAAGAGAAUUGCAUACAGUAUCCUGGGCUUAAAAGACCAGACCAGCACCCUAAGUGUAUUUCCAAUGUGAUUCCAUACUAGUGCCGGAAGACUGAGUUGGGCACUUAAGUGGGCAAAACUUUGAACUCUGUGUGGGACUGGACUGGACUGGAGCUGAGCUGCAGGGACGGCUUUGGACAGACAACAAAACUGAACACAUCAAAGAGACAUGAGACACCCAAAAGGGACUGACAUUUACUGUACAUUUUUGUAACCGAUUUGUAAAGUAUAUCCUAAAAAGGAUGACAAUUCAUAUAAUAGGAAGAUUAGAUAGUGUAUAGUAUAUGCUGUAUAUAUUUCUUAUUAUCCAUGUCUGUUGUACAGAAUUUUCUUUACUGAAAAUGUCUUCAUAUUUUCUUCCUUCAAUAAAAUAAUCAAGUGAUAGACUCAGUCUUUAAGUCGCUAAAUGGAUUGUACGGAAGUUCUCUUGGAUUCUGUCGCACCCAGUGUUGAGAAAAGAACAUGAAAAUAGGUAAAGCCAUUUAAAACGUAGUACAACCAAUUCUUGCUACAACCAAUUCUUGGUGAAAAUGGACCUGAAGCAGAGAGUCCACCUCAAAGGGCCUGGACUGGCCAUACAUUAACAUGAUUUGACAUUCAAACCACAGUCCUAAGGUUGGCACAUUUUGGCUGCUGUUAAGCCUUAUCAGGUCCUGAUUUAGAUAUAAAGCUGUCAUAUUCAUUUUUGUUAAUUAAAAUAAUAUGAAAUAUGCGGUACUUGCCAUGUAAAAUGCAAUUGUCCAAAGGCUUGUUAAUUAAUGGGACCAAGAACCUUAGUAAAUGCAGCACUUAAGUAACAAUUGGUUUGAGUUGUAUAAUCUGAAAUGCAUAUCAUGUAAUUAUGAUUACCUUAAUGUCAUAGGAUGAUCACAUUUGUAACAAUCAAGCAUUAUAAAAUUACACUUAACAAUGGCUUUUAUUUGAAAAUAUGUUUAUCGCAAUAUAACUUGCUGACCUUCAUCAUGUCAUUAAUACAUUAUGAUACUGUUUUUAUUCAAAUUUUUUGAUAACAAAUUGGAAAUUCAUAAUUCAUAAAGGAUUACCAAUGGUUGUUUCAGUGAUUUCAUACUAUGAAGAGUGUAGGUUGAUAUGCAAUUUGAAUGUGACCAUAAUAUAGCUCAGUAUGUUUUUUUUCUCAAUAUUUAGAUUUGGAUUACAUUCAUAUUCCGGGUGGUUAAUCCAGAUUUCUUAGAUGGUAUAUGAUAAAAUGUUUUGCUUUAACAGUGCUGGUUUACUUUUAAGCUUUUUUUUCUGUCAAUGCAUUCUGUUGAUAAAGGUUAUAUUUCUGUUAUGGCCAAAAACCAAUCAAUUUACAGUCUUUAUUGUCCAAAUACAAUUUUCCCCAUACAAUGUUCAAAAGAAUGUGCAUACUUUAUAUUUAGCAAACUGUCUUAAAAGAUGACUGCAAAUCGGUUUGUUACUGACUCCAUCUUUAACUACUUGAAUUUUUUGUGUGAUGUUUUUUUGGAUUGUCUUUUUGGACUUGAUGCUCCUUGUUUCAUAAAUACACAAAGUAUAUGUACAUUUUAUUUGUUUACUAGAUUUCCAUUUGGAAACAGGAUCAUUUUCUUUUUUUUUUUGUCUUUCUCACAUCUAUUUCUUUAAAAACAUGAUGUUCAGUUUGAGUACCGUUUAUCAAAUGGAUGUCCAACACAGUUUAGCUUUCUCCUUGACAACGUAGCAUAACUCUAAUUUUUUAUUUAAUAGUCUAUUUAUUUGAUACUUUUAUUUAUUGUCAUAAUAAAACUGAGUUGGGAUUUAUUCAUAAUUAAGGAUUGGUUUUCAAUCACAAACAUCUUGCCUUUCAUAUUUAAUUGCCUUCAAUUCAUGUAAUAAUUGCCUCCAGUUCUUAUAAUGCCUCAAAUUGUAUUUCCCUUUUGCAUUGUCCGCUUGUUGAUGUAGUUCCAACAGUACUAAUGAUUACAUAUUUUCUCUCAACUCUUUUUCUCUAGACAGGGUAUAAGGGAUAUUCAAUCAAUGUCAAUGUAAUUUUAGUGCCACAAAAAUGUUUGCUUAUAGAGCUGGAUGAGAUGGACAGAAAUGCAUAUAAUAAUAAUAAAUGGCCAAGAAACAUGAA